GUGAACCCAGUCGAUUCGAUACUUCGAGAAACGUAGGAGAGAACUUCACAGUCGUCCAGGAUGUUGCGUCUUCUUGGAGGUUUGAAGGAUUAUUUGAAAUGGCAGCCCAUAGUGACGGACAAUGCCGUAUUCCGGCUCCACAACCUCUUCACGACGGUUUUGCUCCUCGCAUGUUCCCUCAUAGUCACGGCGACCCAGUACGUCGGCAAUCCGAUCCAGUGCAUAGUGAACGGUCUUCCGGCGAAUCCGAUCAACACCUACUGCUGGAUCACGUCCACUUUCACAAUGCCCGACGCCUUCAGGAGGCAGGUCGGCGUCGAAGUCGCCCAUCCUGGGGUGAGCAACGAUUACGGAAACGAGGCGAAGAAGUAUUACACGUACUAUCAGUGGGUCUGCUUCGUGCUCUUCUUCCAAGCGAUACUCUGCUACACUCCCAAGUGGAUCUGGGACGCAUGGGAAGGCGGGCUCAUGAGGACCAUCAUCAUGGGUCUCAACAUCGGGGUUUGCGCCGACGAGCAGAAGUGCCAAAAAAAACAAGCACUCUUAGACUAUCUUAUCAAACACAUCAGUAGGCAUAACACGUAUGCGAUGAGGUACUGGUUCUGCGAAGUCCUCUGCCUUGUGAACAUCAUCGGGCAGCUUUACCUCAUGAACACCUUCUUCGACGGCGAAUUCAUGUCCUACGGAUUGAGAGUGAUGAGCUUCUCUGAGGAAACGCAGGAAAACCGCGUGGAUCCGAUGGUGUACGUCUUCCCCAGAGUGACUAAAUGCACGUUCCAUAAGUUCGGUCCGUCCGGCACGAUUCAAAAGCACGACUCACUCUGCGUCCUCCCGCUCAACAUAGUCAACGAGAAGACAUACAUACUGAUAUGGUUUUGGUUCAUAAUCUUGGCGACUCUCCUUACCGUCCUGGUCGUAUACAGAAUAGUCAUACUAGUAGUACCCGGGGUGAGGCCGUACCUCCUCCGCGCCAGGAACAGGAUGGUACCGAUGUCCGUCGCCGAAGAGAUAUCGAAAUCAACGGAUAUCGGCGACUGGUGGGUGCUCUACAUGCUCGGACGGAACAUGGACCCCCUCAUCUACAAAGAGGUCAUUACAGAACUUUCCAAGAAGAUACAAACGGCAGCCAGUAACAGUCAGUGACAAUUCUACUUAAUAUCAUGAUUUUAAAAAAUAUAUAAAAACAAAAAACAAGACUGUUUAGUGCCUUGAACGCUGUACAAUUUCUCAAUGACUGUGAUGAAAAAAUAAAUCCUAGAAGUUGUGUCUUCGACUUAUCGUAUACACUGAGGGAGCCACCCCGUAAACAAUAUUUGUUUAUUUUUGUAAUUAUAUUUGUGUAUAUAUAUGUGGUUUUUCCUUUUGUUUUUAUUUUUCUGGAAUUUCAAUAAAUUAUUGUCAUGUAUUUAUAUCGUGUAAUAUAAAAGACAAACUAGUGACAUGAUUUUUUUUCGAUAUCGGAUUUGUUUAGUGAUUUUGAACGAGGUGAAUCAGCAUUUAGACUGAUUAAUUAUUUAUAAUAGAUUAUUAUAAUCAUAAAAAGACAUAUCUGAUAAGUAUAUAAAUAAUUAUAUAAUGACUCUACUGGAAAACUGUUCAGGUUUGUCGGCCCACUCAACAAUUUGAUGAAAUCUGCUCAAUUUAAGCCUAAAUACUGUGUUUUUUAAAUGAAAAUUGAGAUUGAAUCUCUUUGCCAAGAUGCCUUUUUUUCUAAAGUGUUUUCUAUUUCAGCCUAAUUUAUACGAUAAAUCGAGUUUAAUAUUUGUAAAUUAUUUUAUAAACUUAUAUUAAAUAAAA